GAGGAGGCACGGGUUUUUGCAGGCCUCAUUUUCAAGCACAGAGAGCCAAAGCGGUCGAUACAGUGGUCAUAGACGACUGUACGCAGGCAUUUUCGAUCACUGCAAAAGGUGCGCGCCACAGCUCCUCGCGCCAAGGCCGUAGCAGCGCAGCCACACAGAGCAGCACACAAUGCAUUUGUAGCACACAUGCACGCCACGCUGGGGGCGACGCUGGUCGCCGCAGCAACCGCCUACACGCUGGAACCGUAUACAAUACACAACAACAACCUAGAGCGCGCAACUUAUAACAAAACGAAGGCCCGCGGCGGCACAUACGACCCGAAAGCAUCAAUACAUUGGGUGCCGCAAGCGACAGACGACACGAGCGAAGCGUACCACGCCGCCCAGACCUUUUCCACCGAUAGAAAAGCGUCCCUCGAAUUUGUCCACAUUCAUAAAUGUGGAGGGAUGACCUUCAAUCGCGUGGCACCACGUUUUGUGUGCGGGACCUCCAACUGCCGCAACAGUACGUGCUGCGUCGUGCGGCCCCACAAUCCGUCUUUGUAUGAAUUGGAGUACAGACCGAGGUACGGUGCUGCUUUUGAAGAGCUCGACGCCUAUCGACUGCCCUGGUCAACACCACACGUGUACAAGGCGGCGAUGGCGCGCGAACCUUUUUCGAGGUAUCGUUCGGAGGUCGGCUUCGAGUGUUCCUACAAGCACGCGGGAAGGCCGCCUUCCUACGGCGAAGCGUUACGUCUACCCUACUGGCGAUGGCACGCGCAACGCAACCGCAUCAGUCAAGGUUUAGUUCAUGGCGCCGUGCUCAGUAAUAGUGGAAGGACGGGAGCCGCGUUCGCGGGGUUGAGAAAAGAGGCGAUGGAGGACGGGCUGCGGGCGUUCGCGUUUCUCGGAAUCGUCGAAGCGUAUGACGCGUCGCUCUGUUUGCUGGCGCGGACCGUCUCUCCUCAACAUGUCUGUGAAGCCUGCUGCGCGCAUGCCAAACAUCCCGUCGUGAAUGGUAAUACGAAUGGAAGCUGCGUCGCGCCGUCGACGAAAGAAGACGAAGCGCUGUACGCGUCGAUGCACGCCGCCGACGCCCAGGUCUAUGAGGUCGUGAAGCGCAUUUUUGAGCAGCGCUGGCGCCGCGCGAUGCGCGAGGGCUGGGGUGGCACUCCACAAAAGUGCGGUUGUGAGUUCGUGGCGGGUCCUUGUUUGAGAGAUGCCUAUGGCCGCUGCAUCCCGUCGGAUUGCGAGUCGUACCACGACGGCUGCAACACGUGCUCCAUACAAAACGGCCGCCUCGACGCGUGCACGGAGAAGUUCUGCGAGAAGCCAGGGCCGCCGCGGUGCCUCGAUGUCGUGGGCGGCCCGACGGGCGACAAGGAGCAGGACGCCUGCUGCGGCGGCGGGUCAAGUUGCGGCUACGUUUAUGUGGAAGGCAAGGGCUGCGUCCACGUCACUGAUGCGUGUCUGAAGGACGCCUAUGACCGCUGCAUACCAGAAAAUUGCGCGUCCUACUUCGACGGGUGCAACACGUGUUCGGUCGGCGCGAAGGGACUUGGGUGUACGUUGAUGUACUGCGAAACGCCUAGCGAACCGAAAUGCCUCGACGCCGACGACAGACCGCGUCUCCCGCUCUGGGUCGUCGGAGCCGUCCUGUUAGGUGCGCCGCUCUGGUGCGUCUGCGCCGUACCGCUGCUGGCGUGCCUCGGGAACUGUCUCUUCGGGGAUUCAUGGAGGUUCGCGGCGCGCCGGCGGCGCGUCCCGGAGACGUAGACUCGUCCUGUCGCGCCGCCAACAUUCCCGCGGGCCUCAGCCAACGUCGUGGACCACCGUCGCUGCUCUGCACCGUCCGAGCGCCCGGCCGAAUCGUGAAGCCGCGUCGUCUACCCCGCCAGCACGCCAUCGCCGCGAAGUACUACUGUAACAUGUGU